CGGAUAGUAUACGGGGGAUGAUGAUGAUGAUGAUGAUGAAUCCAAACUAGUAUUACUGUCCCUCCACGUGGAGAUAACAAACCCUCCCGUUCAGAAAACAUCUAUCAAUCGCCGGCGACACCAGUUUCCACCUAUUAGUUUUCCGGCAAUGGGUAGUUUCAGUGGCGUCCACACCCAUUUCCCAUCUUUCAAUUCCUUCAAGCCUCCAUCCUCUAUAUCUUCUUCUUCAUUCACCCAAUUCACCCAAUUCACCCAAUUCACAAUCCCUCGCCAUGUUCGGAGAAUCAGAUGCUCCGUUGCUGAGGGUCCCGCCGCUGUUUCCCCUUCUUCGGAAAGCGACAACCAGCAAUCAGUGCUCGACUGCUUGAUUGUCGGGGCUGGCAUCAGCGGUCUGUGUAUCGCCCAGGCCCUUGCCACGAAGCACGGUAACUCCAAUGUCAUGGUGACGGAGGCUAGAGACCGUGUCGGAGGAAACAUCACCACCGUUGAAAGGGAUGGCUAUCUUUGGGAAGAAGGUCCCAACAGCUUCCAGCCUUCCGAUCCCAUGCUCACAAUGGCGGUGGACAGUGGUUUGAAGGAAGAAUUGGUGUUGGGAGACCCAAAUGCGCCUCGUUUUGUAUUGUGGAAUGGUAAGCUGAGGCCAGUCCCCUCCAAGCUCACCGACUUGCCAUUCUUUGACUUGAUGAGCUUUCCUGGAAAACUCAGAGCUGGUUUUGGUGCACUUGGUCUUCGCCCACCCCCUCCAGGUCGCGAGGAAUCGGUUGAAGAGUUUGUCAGGCGUAAUCUCGGUAGUGAAGUUUUUGAGCGUUUAAUAGAGCCAUUUUGCUCUGGUGUUUAUGCUGGAGAUCCAUCAAAACUGAGCAUGAAAGCAGCAUUUGGGAAAGUGUGGAAGCUGGAGCAAAAUGGUGGUAGCAUUAUUGGUGGAAGCUUUAAAGCAAUCCAAGAGAAAUCUAGUACUCCCAAGGAACCUAGAGAUCCGCGCUUACCCAAACCAAAAGGCCAAACAGUUGGAUCAUUCAGAAAGGGCCUGGCAACUCUGCCUAAUGCAAUUUCGUCGAGCUUAGGAAACAAAGUCAAGUUGUCAUGGAGACUCAAGACUAUCACUAGAUUGGACAACGGAAGAUAUUCCUUGACAUAUGAAACCCCCAACGGGAUGGCGUCGCUGCAGUGUAAAAGUGUUGUGAUGACUAUUCCUUCUUAUGUGGCAAGCACAAUAUUACGCCCGCUCUCGGCAGUUGCAGCAGACUCGUUAUCCAAAUUCUAUUAUCCACCUGUUGCUGCAGUCACCAUUUCCUAUCCAAAAGAAGCAAUACGUAAAGAUCGUUUGAUUGAUGGUGAGCUGCAGGGGUUUGGGCAGUUGCAUCCCCGCUCCCAAGGGGUUGAAACUUUAGGAACCAUAUACAGCUCAUCACUGUUUCCUAACCGUGCCCCAUCUGGUAGAGUUCUCCUUUUGAACUACAUAGGAGGAGCUACCAAUACUGGGAUUACGUCAAAGACGGAAGGCCAACUUGUGGAAUCGGUGGAUCGUGACCUGAGGAAGAUGCUUAUAAAUUCUAAUGCACCAGAUCCACUUUCGCUGGGGGUACGUUUGUGGCCGCAAGCUAUUCCACAAUUCACAGUCGGUCACUUGGAUGUGUUGGAGAAUGCCCGAAGUGCUCUGAGCAAUGGUGGUUAUAAUGGUCUCUUUCUUGGGGGUAACUAUGUAUCUGGUGUCGCUUUGGGAAGAUGCGUGGAGGGUGCAUAUGACGUUGCCGCGGAGGUAACAAAUUAUUUGUCACAAUACACAUAUAGGUGAAGUAUCAUUUGCAUCCGAAUUUUAGCGUGAGUUAGAAUGUUUGUAGAAUCAGUAGCGGAAGUGGAGAGUAAUUAUUAUUUUUUCCUUCCAUUUGUUGAGUUAAAAUGCAGUUGAACUCCUUUGGGGAUUGAAUAGAAUCUACAUUCGAUUUAAUGUUUGAACUAUAUUCCAACCCGUGUACCAAAUAACCAAGUAGCAGAGGAUUUGAGUUAAUAGUAAGAUGAAAAUCCUUUUGUUUUCUUCAAAAGUUAUUUAA